ACAACAAUAUUAUAUACUCCCUCCGUCCAGAAAUAAUCUUCCCACUCUACGUUUUUAUCAAUACUCUUCCAAAAAUACCCCUCAUUUUUUAUCUCUCGCCAACCUCUCAUUUACGGGCUCUCUCUCUUUCACCAACCUCACCCAACCUCAAUCACUCCCUUUUUAUCUUAUCUUUUGAGAUUUUCAAUCUCAACUCCAAGAUCUGCAAUGGAAUCGCCUUCUCCUCCACGAUCUGCAAUGGAAUCGUUGGAUUUAUGUUUUGAAUCUUUUGUUCCUGAGACGGAAUUUCAAGAUUGUGGAGGUGAGGACAUGAAUUUCAUCUCUGAUGACACGGAGGAGGACGAGGUCAUCGUCAUCCAUAGCGAGGACGAUGCUGCCGAUGUUGCCCCGGUCAGAGACAUGAAGGACGUCAUCGACCUUGAAUCACAGAAAGACAACAUUUUUCUUCAUGGGAGCGAGGAGGGGGACUUAAUUCUUCUCGACACUGAGAUUGAUGACCCAGAGGGAUGUGAAAAACGUGGGAUUGAGCAUUCUCAGGUGCUCUAUUCACGCAUGCAUCUACACAUCGAUAUGCUGAACAUCUUGCUUCCAAGCCCUGAUCCAAAUUUUUGGACUUCAAUUAGACCAUCUUCCGUUUCUCCUUCUUCUGCCGCGCAACGGAACCAAGCAGACCAGGAGUUCGCCCGGAAAUCUUUGCCGGAGUUCUACAAGGGUUUAAUUCGUCAAUCGAGGUAGGGAUCAAGGAUUAGACGAGGAGCAGCCUGGAGGACAGUGAGACGUGACGCUGGUGGAUGGCCCGAUGCUGUUUGAAAUUGAAUUAAAUACUUGUUGACUUUUAUUUUGUUUAAACUACAAGAAUGUUUGACGUUGUUGUUUUAAAAGCUUCCGCAACGUUUGAAUUAUUUACUCCGAUUAAUUAUAAAUUGUUUUUAAUUAAAUAUAAUGUAUGUUU